AUUCACCCUGCGGUCACUUACAUUGUGCGAGCGAAGUGGUUUUUGCCAACACACGACUCCACGAUGCUCCGCUUGGCUGCAAAGACACACGCCGCUUUAGUCUUCCUUGCGUCUUUUUUCUGUUGAAACCAACUUUACUUACACCGCUCUACACAAGCCAUGCUUGUUACCAACCCGUCGUCGUCACUCCCUCGGUCUUGCGAGUCCAUUUACAGCUCCUCGCGACGAAUCCACGAGAUUGCGCAACUCGAGGCGUGCGAGAUUCCACGCAUUCCGCGCGUCGGGGAUCUACGCGCUGCUUUUCGCUCUAGCGAGCAGUACAAGCCGACUAGCCCUGAUUGGCCGCCGAAAGCUGUUCCCGACUGGGUUUCGAGCAGGCCUCUCCCGACGUCACUACCCUCACUACAUGCAUUGUCUCGCGCACCAGCAGGCUCGCAUACCAUUACCGUAGAGCAGAAAAGCCCACAUCGUGGGUAUGCAUCUGUGCCACCGGUCAAAAAAGUCCUCACAUCCUUUACAGAGAUUUCCUCCCAUGGCAAAUCUCAUCACACGGAAAAUAUAUCGCUCGUGGAGCCCCUUCGGCUUCCUCGCCCGUGUAGCCGAGAAUCUUGCUCCUAUGUCUUGCGUGACAUACGGUUAAACGCCGCGCUUACCAGAGUCAUCCACAACGAACCCCUCUCUUCAGACGUAGUUUGGAACGAUAAGCUCCAGCCGUUUGAGCUCAAGCACGAUGAAGAAGAAGCUCGACAUACCGCCAUGCUCAACAACCUUCCGCUAGACGGCAGACAGGCCAUCAUCGACGGAUUCCGCGAGUUUUACAACGACGAGUGGUUUGAAGAGUUUGCUGCUUCACAAGAGGGACAGGAAGUCACGAGUUUGUCGAGACGGUUAUCAACGCUUAGCCGGUCGAGUAGCUCGCGUGUUAAAAGUAGUCUGGGGGGCUUGGUGCAGAGAGGGGCGGAUGUGGUGAGGAGUGGGGGGGAUAUUGUGAGGAAGGUGAGGUCGAGGGCUAGGUCUGUUUCUACGCGGUUUAGUAUAGACUGA